GAGACAGGCUGAAGUGCCAGUGGCCCCGCUGGCCGCGGGUAUGGCCAUUGCGGCCAACCCUAUGGAGGCGGCCUACGCCCUGCUGCCGCCACUGGAGGAUGUGCCCCUCGAGGAGAUCGGCCAGACUCGCCAGGGGAUGCUGGACAAAGAGUCCGACACCUUCAUGGGCGUCAGCUUUCCUGUCUGGCUCUUCGUGAUCGGUGGCAUCUUUGACCAUGCCGGCCAUGGCUGUUUGCAUCCCAACAGCAUGCAACAGCUCUCUUGCACAGGCUGCAAUGGCUUCGAUGCUGAUUUUGAAGCCGUUCGAAAGACCCAAGCGGACUGCCAGCGUAAGUAG